AUGGUGACUUAUCAAGAAGCCAUCCUUACAGAAACAGAGCAGUUGAUAGAGAACAUAAACAAGCUCAAUGCGACGAUAGAAAGAGUGAACAAUGUAGAGACAAAGCAAGCCAUUGAAAAAUUAAGACAAGUCGAACAAAAGAUGAAUCUCGUCUAUACCUUCUUCAAAGCAUCCAUGUACGCCAAUAAUAUACACAGCGAAGACAGCGAGACAGACCCAUCCUCAUCCACAAAUCGACCUAGUUUUGAAGAUACCAACAAUGAUCGAAAGCAAGAUCAAAACUCUUAA